CCAUGUGCCCCUGCAUCCGUUUUUCUCUCCUUCCAGAUCCAUCAGUGUCUUUCUGCCUGCCCCUGUCCAUCUGUCCGUGUGUAUGUUUGCCUGCGGCUCUGCGCCCAGCCCCCGGCGUGUCCAUCCGUCCGUCCGUCGGUCUGUCGGGUUUCUCGCCGGCUGCAGAGACAGUCUGGGGGCGGCCUCCUGCCUCCGGGAGCCGCCCGGACUUGAGCCUGUGGGCAAUGAUUAGGGGUUGGGGCGCUGGGGAGGUAAUGACUGGGUGGGGCGGGCAGCAGGCGGUGGGAGGGAGCCGGAGCGGGCGAGCGGCUCAUUCCCAUCCGUGUGCUCAGGUGCCAAGAAGGGCGGCCAUGGGGGGUCCCCGGCACCCGAGCCCCCUCCUGCUCCUGGCCAUCCUGCUGCCGCUGGGGGGGAGCUGGCCCGAGCCCCCGAGGGGCCGGUUGCUUUUCGUGACCGUGGUCUAUCGCCAUGGCGACCGUGCCCCCCUGGAUUCCUACCCCACAGACCCUCAUCAGGACAAGACCCUGUGGCCCCACGGGCUGGGCCAGCUCACCCAGGAGGGUGUGCAGCAGCAGCUGGAGCUCGGCCGCUUCCUCAGGGCCAGAUAUGGCGACUUCCUGAGCCAGGAGUAUCGUCGGGAAGAGCUGUACGUGCGGAGCACCGACUACGACCGCACCCUGCAGAGUGCCCAGGCCAACCUGGCCGGGCUCUUCCCCCGGUCUCCCCGCAGCCCCGGCUGGAUGCCCGUGCCCGUGCACACCGUCCCGGCCACUGAAGACAAGCUGCUCAAGUUCCGGACCCAGGGGUGUCCCCAGUACCAGAAGCUUUUGGAGGAGACAGUGGCAGGAGAAGAGUACCAGACAGCCCUGGAGGGCUGGAGAGACUUCCUGGUGCAUCUGGAGAACCUCACGGGCCUGUCCCUGGCCGAGGGGCCCCUCCACAGGGCCUGGAAAGUGCUGGACACGCUGACCUGUCAGCGAGCUCACGGGCUCCCCCUCCCGGACUGGGCCACCCCCGAGGUGCUGGGCUCUCUGGCCCAGGUGUCGGCCCUGGACGUCCGAGCCCACGUGGGCCCCCCGCGGGCGCAGGAGAAGGCCCGGCUCACUGGAGGAGUCCUGCUCGAUGCCAUUCUGACCAACUUUACCCAGGCGCAGGCCCGCGGGGGCCCCCUCAGGAUGGUCAUGUACUCGGCUCACGACAGCACCUUGCUGGCCCUCCUGGGCGCCCUGGGCCUGUACGAUGGGCACCAUCCGCCCUACGCUGCCUGCCUCGGGUUUGAAUUCUGGAAACAUCUGGGUCAGCUGGAACAGGAGGAGGAGGAGGGGAACGUCACCGUCUCUCUUUUCUACCGGAACGAUUCUUCCCGGCCCCCCCUGACCCUGGAACUCCUGGGCUGCCCCUCUCCGUGCCCGCUGGGGCGUUUCCGCCGGCUCACCGCCCCGGUCCGCCCGCCCCCCGGGGGACCGCCCUGCCGCCCCCCGGCCGAGGACGCUACCCCUCCAGGUGUCGCCGUGCCCCUGCUGGCCGGAGCCGUGGGCAUCCUGGGCAUCCUGAGCUUGGGGCUCGGGGCUCUCCUGUGGAGCCGGGGCUCUACGGGACCGCGGGAAGGCCCCGUCUGAGAGGGGCGGAGACGCCCGGCUGGAGGGCUCGUGCGGGCCGGCCUCGGCUCCAAGCAUAAACCUGAUGAAGUCUGGGAA